AUGCUUUUCUCAUGGGGAUUUUAUCAAACAUGUAGAGUGAAACAUCAAAUGCAAGUCUCGUUCCAUCGCAACUUCCUGUUCAAUCGUCGGCCUUACCUGCUCAAUCGGCGGUUCAAUCUACAAAGACAACUCUAUAUUUAUCUUCAAGUACUAUCUUCUGCUAGGCUUGCUCGAUUCUUCACAUCUCUUCCUUCCGACACAUCAAUGGCUUCCGACAAGUCAACACAACCUCUUACCGUCGACUCCCUCAACACAAAGGUCUUGAAAUGUGAGUAUGUUGUACGUGGUGAAUUGUUUCUCUGGCUCAGUGCUGAUUCCAUAGAAAGAGCAUGGCAGAUUCUUGAUCAAAUUCCUGGUAGAGCUACUGGUGCAUAUAGUCACAGGGCAACAGGGUGGGGACUUGAGGUCUCUGAGCUCAAGAAGCAACUGGAAACUGCUAGACAAAAGGGUAUUAUUGUUAGAGCCCUUGUUGUCAUUAAUACAGGAAACCCAACUGGCCAGGUUUAUCAGGGAAACAUUUAUGUCUUUGAAAAGCACUGCCACUGUUUUAAGAAAGUUGCUCGUUCAAUGAGAUAUGGUGACAAGGAUAUUCCCUUGGUUUCUUCUCAGUCACUGUCUAAAGGGUAUUAUGGGGAAUGUGGGAAAAGAGGUGGUUACAUGGAGGUGACUGGUUUUAGUCCUAAAGUUCGGGAACAAAUCUACAAGGUGGCAUCAGUGAAUCUUUGUUCGAACAUCUCUGGCAUUAGAAGAUGCACUGAACAGCGUAGAGGGUGUUACCUGCAACAAAGUAGAAGGAUCAUUGUUUUCCGAUCUGUAAGGGGAAAGAGAAAGAUGAAGAGAGGGAAAGAUGAAGAAAAAACCAUGGGGCCAAUGUUUCCAAGGCUUCAUGUGAAUGAUACUGAAAAAGGAGGUCCACGAGCACCUCCUAGAAACAAAAUGGCUCUUUACGAACAGCUUAGUAUACCUUCACAGAGGUUCAAUGGCGGAGCGUUGCCCUUUAACCCUAAUUCCACCGCCAACUCUGUUCCACCGUCAUCUUCAACACCGGGCACCAUGAAUGAAAGGGCUACGUUUUCCCCACUUCAACAAUCGUCUUCAAUGCACCCAACCAGGAUGACGGACAAUCGCCAUUCUGAGCUCAACAAUCAACGUGUGCAACAACAAGAACAUAAAAGGAGACAAGAAGAUGACGACUUUAGGGUUCCAAUCUUUGAUCAACAAUCUGGAACAAGUCAAAAUCAUCAAAACAGAGAAAACGAAGGCAUCACUCCAUUUGGUGCAGCAGCCUUUUCAGGUCGUUUAUCAAAUGUUCAGAAUGCUAGACAAAUCAUCAAUAAACCUCAAAAAGAAAACUCUCAAGAUUUUACUAGAUCUGCCUCAAAUCAACUGUCCAGGCAAAACCCUAAAGUUCCUUUGAAGGAGACGAACGAAUCUUCAAAUUAUAGUCACAGACAUGCUUCAAAUAAUGGGAAUUUAAGGGAUUACAGAGGCGACUCACAAGCUGAUAACACUUUGUGGGGUGACAGCGGUUUAAAUGAAGCAUCUAAAGCUAGUGGGUAUGAGAAUACUUCGGUUCCAGUAAUGGAGGCUUUAAGAAGCCCUAAUAAUAAUGAUCCUACGAAUGCUGAUGCUGUUUCAGAGACGUCGAUGGUGGAUUCCAUUUGUGGAGUCGAUAUUUCUCCUGAUGAUGUUGUAGGGAUUAUUGGUCAAAAACAUUUUUGGAAAGCAAGAAGAGCUAUUGUCAACCAACAAAGAGUCUUUGCUGUUCAAGUGUUCGAGCUCCACAGAUUGAUAAAGGUUCAGAGAUUAAUAGCUGGAUCACCUCAACUUUUGUUUGAAGAAAACUUGUAUUUAUCAAAACCACCAAAAGUCACUCCAAUCAAGAAAAUUCCCAUUGAAUAUGUUAUAAAACCUAAACACAAAAAUGACGAAAACGCCCUCGCCCUCGCCCUCGAGAAGCCGAAUGAUGAGACGGAAUUCUCAGCUGAAAAUGCACCCGGGAAAGCCUCUUUAUCCACCGUUCAAAAUGGCAGUCAGACAACUUAUUGCAGACCGUUUUCCGGCAACCCGUUACCGGUGCCGCUGCCACCUGCCGACAUCUCCUCGUGGAAUUACAAUCCGCCACCUGGACACCAAUGGUUGAUUCCGGUCAUGUCACCAUCUGAAGGACUCGUGUACAAACCCUACCCGGGACCCGGGUUCAUGAACCCGGUUUAUGGUGGUUGUGGGCCCAUGAUGGGACCUAAUUUCGGUAACUAUGGUGUCCCCCAUCCUUCUGAUCAUCAUUAUGAAGGUCCAACCGGGGUUCACCCUUUCGCACCUCCGGCUAGCCAUGGCUACUUUCCAGCUUACAACAUGCCACCGGUCAAUCCACCUGUCUCGACCCAGACCCAGACCCCGACCCGGGUCAAGUUUAAAGCAUGUAACGAUAGUGAGGUACAAGUGAGUACAGCAAGCAGUCGAAGUGACAAAACAUGGAAUCGAAACGCGCUUUCUCUUUUUCCGACGUCUCCUCCUCCUCCGGCGGCACCCGUGGCGGCUCCGGCGGUGGCUCAGGUGGGAGUGGCGGAGGAGGCGCCACGUGUUAUUAGAGUUGUGCCUCAUAACGCCAGUGAUGGAGUGGAGGGGGACUCUAUUCCAAAAAGCAACCUUUUCAAUGCUACUACAACAAGAAAAACAACAUUUUCCAAAAAGCAAGGUGUCAAAAGCAUUUUGAGUGAAGACGGGGACAUAAUUGACUGUGUUGAUAUCUACAAGCAACAGGCUUUUAAACAUCCAGCUUUAAAGAAUCAUACUAUCCAGAUGACACCGACAAACGUUUUGAAUAUUGAGAACAGUAUGAUGAAAAAAACAUUUAAAGAUACCAAAAAGGAAGACAAUACUAUGACAAUAACAUCACAACUAUGGCAAAAAAGUGGAAGUUGUCCAAAAGGAACAAUUCCAAUUCGCAGAGUUCAUAAGCGUUUUCUCAAUGUCCAUGGUUAUGGGAGAAAGACACCUAAUGAAUCGAAGAAUCAAACAACGAUAUUGAAGGACCCAAGGAACUCUUUGGCAAAUCAUUCGGUGGCACUUGUACUCACACAGGGUUACAGCUACUCAGGGGCCAAAACCGAUAUCAAAGUGUGGACUCCUUACGUUGAGAAGGAAGACGAGUAUAGUACUUCUCAUGUUCUUAUUCAAAAUGGCGAUGUGGAUGAUUUUGAAAUUGUUGAAACUGGAUGGGCUGUAAAUCCAAGUGUUUAUGGUGAUCACGAAACUCGCUUAUAUGUCUAUUGGACAGCCGAUGGAUCAAUUAAAACAGGUUGCUUUGACAUGACGUGUCCAGGAUUCGUUCAAGUGAGCCAUGAAGUAGCUCUUGGCGCGGCCAUUUAUCCUAUCUCUAACUCUAAGGGCCUUCCCUACCAAAUCACUGUUUACAUUUACAAGGAUCCAAAAACAAACAAUUGGUGGGUGAACUAUGGCGAGUCGAUCAACAUAGGGUAUUGGCCCGGUGAGCUGUUUGUGUUUUUAAAGCACCAUGGGCUCAUGGUGAAGUGGGGUGGCGAGGUGUAUAGCACCAGGGUCAAGACUCACCCGCACACAGCCACACAAAUGGGCAACGGUUACACUCCUUCACCAAUCUUUGAGAACUGUGGGACCAUGAAACGUAUGCGGGUUGAACAAAACUCAGAACCUUUGAUGAUACCCGAAUGGUCCGACACCAUUGUUGAUGAAUAUCGUUGUUAUGAUAUUUUAUAUGAAGUUGAUUAUGUUGAUGAUCCUAUAUUUUAUUAUGGCGGCCCUGGUAGAAGCCCAUGGUGCCCAUAA